CCGUAUCUGCAACGAUAGUCUGGAUGGGGUUAUAGGGGAAGAGACGAAGAAUUGAUGGCGCUGGUACGAGAAAUCGCAUAUGGACACAAGACGGAACAGCAACGAAGAAGGGAUGAGGACGACAGAAGGCAGAGAGAAGAACAGGAACGCAAGGCGAAGGAAGAAGAAAUGAAGAAAAAGGAAGAGGAAGAUACUAAGGAAGCCCUGAAGGAAGCAAGGCUGGCGCAUAUCAUUGAUGAGAGGAUAGCAUCAUUGGACAAGAGGUACGACACACGUUUGGACGAGGAAAAGGCCAAGAUUCUGGAGAAAGUGGAGAAGAACAUCGAAGGGAUGAAUGGAAAGCCAAAGGAGAAGGAAACAGAGAAGGGAAAAGGAGUCGAGAAGGGAAAAGAUGUAGGGACGUUGAGGACUAAUGACACAAGAAGUCUGAAGAUCCACGAUCAAGAAAAGAGUAGAAAGAGAGGCCAGGAAGAAGUUGGAGGCAACUCACCGCAACCACUGACUCCAGGAAGAUCUAAACCAAACGGCAACGGAUCUUUGGAAGCAGGUCUCAGGAUGAUUAAGCUCAAUACGCUGCUACGACAGCAGAAGACGUCAAAUAAGGUACUGUUGUCUGUCCUUGAAGAAAUGAAGGCGAUGAGAUCAAUGCAACUGCAACAGAUGGCAGCUCAGCCCACGCAGCCGCAUCAACAUCCUGUGAAUCCCAGACCCUGCGACGCUCCAACCACUCACGCGCACGAUGGCCGGCCUAGUUCAAGUAGGCGCUUCCCUUCACCACCUCGACGAUCUCCUCCACGCGACCCUAGGAGGACCGCUCCUUCCCCACCUCCAUCCCCACCUCCUUUUACCACCCCUGCGCCGCCCCAACGUGCCAAUCCUCCUGCUUCUGUAGGUAGAACUGGAAGAGCUGCGGGACGAGAUCCAACACCACAUCGUCCUAGCACAGGGAGUGCAGCACAGAGAGAAGCCGCCGGACCAUCGACCCCGGUGGAAGGAACCAGCGGAAGAACUUCGGCUAGACUUGUGGAUGUCUUCGCUUCAGUGGAUGGGAACGCCGCCCGCCGAGUAUCAGGAUCCUUCUCUGCCAUUGGAGCUUCUACUGGAUUGGGAUUUGACCGCGUCCAAGAUGGGACAAAAGCAGUCAUGGCAGGACCAGGACCAGAAGGAAGAAAGAAGUACGUAGAGGAGAUGACGAAGGUCCUUGUCAACAAAUACAAGAACGAUUUGGUAAAAAUGUGUGAAGAUGAAAAAAUCAAAUAUCAUUACAAAAAACAGGCGGCUGCAGAUCUUGCUGAGAUCAAGGCAAGAGCUGCAUAUGAUGAGGAGGUGGAAGAAGAGCACGUGAACGAACCAGCGGAGGUGACUCAAGAAGAGAAUCCUUCUUGAGUCCCAUCACGAUCCAUCUUGGCUAUGGAGAAAAGUGGAUUUUCUGAGAAGGAAGAGAGGAAUAAGGGAGAAAAACAAGGAUAGAGAGUGAAAAUGGAAAGCCUAAUGAGGUUUUAUGUCCUCCUCUUAGUGAUAGCUGCCCAAAUCGAAUGGGGGAAUAAAUUCUUAGAUCAGUGGAUACACACGGCACAGCUUGGACAUGACAUCUGUGAAGGAGGUGAAGGAUGCGUGUAUGUCCUAAUUUCUCCAUGGUUUCGUGCAUGCUACAUUAGGUCAACAGUCAGGCAUGUUUUUGAGAGAUGGAAUGAACAUGUAGCUUCCGG